AUUCUGGCCGUCUGGAGUGGGGGUCUUGGCUAUUAUAUGACAAGCUGCGACUUAAAACACCAAUUGCACCACCUGCGCGAGGCACAUUCACUCACUCACUCACUCACUCACCCGACAUUUGUGCUGCAUAAGUAAUUACUCACAAUUCUAGUUGCCAAGACCCCCCCACCAGAAUUCUUAAAUGUGAUGAUCUUGACAUCCUAUCGUUUGUCCUCCGAUGCGGAAUCAAAUGUCAACGUUUGUCUGGUUGAACGACUCUCCUAUGGAAACAUGCCUGUUUCAAAAUUUAACAAUAAGAAUAUGAUGAUCGUUCGAAUUAUGACUCAUUUCGUCAACGCCUAGUGUUUGAUAAGUGAAGACACGUAGUAAUGACUUCAACACGAUCUUCAUGAAUGAAUUCUUGCAGUGUUUGAUAUUCUUAUCUUAUUCAUUCUUGUUCCCAGCUAGUGGAGUAAGUGUUCUUCUCAUGCCAACGGAUGUUUGUCAAGUAGGUCGUUAGACUGAUGCAUCUGACAAGUUCUUCUAUUAUACGUAGUUAGAUCAGUUGUAUCAGAGACUUAGUUGUGACGACAAAAUGCAGCGUACUUCUCAAGCCUUAAACAGCUCCGCUCGGCGCUUAGGCUUCCCGCGAAAUGGAUUCGGAUUCCGGCCUAGAGUCGCAACCGCUUGCUCAGCUUUUCUUGCUGCGCCAGUGGAACAGGAGUCUUCUACUACCUCUAACAACAUCAUGAGUAAUUCUAGGCACAAGUCUGCUACUCACACGAGUUCUUUUCGUCUGCCGUCUUCCAACAGUAGUUUUUCACCUCGCUUCUUCAGUAGUACGGGAGCCGCGUUGGAAACGUUGACACCAGAGCAGAGGAAAAAGCUGGUAUUGGAUGCAGUACAGAAACACUUGUACGACCGCGAAGAAGACAUCAAAAAGGAAAUGGAAGAAGCGUCCGCACAAGAUUUACGAUCAUGGUGAAUGAACUUUUUUUCCCACUUUUUUGUCUAACAACGCUCUGUCGUGUGUCGGAGCAGGAAAACGUCUAUCGAGUUUUUCGUAGCUUAAACUAUUGCCCACGCAUGACGACAAAUUCAAAUUCUUCUCCCCCUCCUACAGCUUUCUCCCCUAUUAAUUUCUUCCACCCUUCAUCUCCCGCCAAAGCCGCUCUAGCAAAGAAACUGGAAACGCUGCGACAGCCACUGAGCAUGGAAACGACUUGGGACCACCUCGGGUUUGACGAGUUUGAUAGGGUUGAGGUAUUGUUGGAAGUCGAAGAGGCUUUUAACUACACUAUCCCUGACGAAGACGCAGAUAAAAUUGCGGGAGUACAGGAGGCUUUUGAGUACCUAGAGAAGCAUGCUGUUACUGCUUGAUUGAUGGGGAUGAGCGUGGCGGGGACGGCACAGUUUGUUACGAUUUCUCAUCCAGGACUCGAGAAAGGCAAUCAUGGCUGGUAGGCUUGUGGACUGCACGUAUGAGGGUGACGAAUAGAAGACUGUGCAGUACAUGAAAACUCAUGAACACAAAACCUCUCUCAAAUUCUUCAAUCUCAAAUUUUUCAACAUAUUUUCCCAAACUCAUCAUGGCCCCAAAGAAACACCCAUACCCGAUAACUCUACCACAGAUGAGUGUGCUUUGUUUUAAAUCGAAAUUCAAGUACUUGCAGCCGAGUUCUUCACUCUUCUCGACGUGGUGAUUGCGCGGUGGGUUUCCUGCCAGGAGUGUGCUAAUACAAUGCAAGGCCUCUCUGCAUAAUGAUAAA